CGCAGGGACGAAGGACUCUUGCCGAUGGAUUUUUUCCUCCCUCUAUCAGUGGUCUUUAACACGAUCACAGUAUGCAGCACAAUGCUUUAAAACAGCAAAGCUUCUGGAAAACCCAAACAAAAGGAACGUCACCAGGUGACGUCAGCCUAUAUAGAGCCCUGUGUGGUCGCAGCGCAUAAGCAAACCCAUUCUUGUACCGCUUCCCUGAAAAGCUUUUCAGUAAAUGCACUCAUGCUACUACAGGAGCUUCUCUCAGCAAUAAGCCACCCAUCUGCCAUCAACAAGUUAGGACUAAAGGAAGCCACAGCUGCGGAAAAGGAAAACGUGAGCUUCAAUUAACCAGCUGAGCAGCCACGGAGGACGAAAACUUGUAUUAAGAUUUAAAAAUUGCAGACCUGUCAGAGGAGAUCAAGGCAGCGAUUUCAAAAGGAAUAUUCCAAGAGAGCAUCGUGGAUUUGAUUUUGCACUAAUAUCAAAGGACGCUAAACCCAGUCAAUUAUUCAAGGCUGUCUUACAUUAGAGCCUUUCACAGACUCACGGCGUUGAGUCUCAAACUACGACUGAAUGCACCCUCCAAUGUACUCAAAAGAAUGGGCUUACAUUUCAAGUGGCCAUUAGGGGCUCGUAUGCUGGCAGCACUAUAUGCAAUGAGUAUGGUUUUAAAAAUGCUGCCUGCCUUGGGCAUGGCUUGUCCACCAAAAUGUCGCUGUGAGAAGCUGCUCUUUUACUGUGACUCUCAGGGGUUUCACUCAGUGCCAAACACCACUGAAAAGGGCUCGCUAGGUUUGUCACUGAGGCACAAUUAUAUUUCUGAACUUGAAAGGGAUCAAUUUGCAAGCUUCAGUCAACUUACUUGGCUUCACUUAGAUCAUAAUCAAAUUGCAACAGUCAGAGAAGAUUCUUUUCAAGGACUGUAUAAACUUAAGGAAUUAGUCUUAAGUUCCAACAAAAUCUUUCAUUUGCCAAACACAACUUUUAGCCAGCUGCUUAACCUGCAGAAUUUGGACCUCUCUUUUAAUCAGUUAUCCUCUCUGCACCCCGAGCUCUUCUACGGCCUUCGCAAGCUACAGACCUUGCACUUGCGAUCCAACUCCCUGCGGACCAUCCCGGUCCGCCUGUUCUGGGACUGCCGUAGCCUGGAAUUCCUGGAUUUGAGCACAAACCGCUUGCGAAGUUUGGCUCGCAAUGGAUUUGCGGGAUUAAUCAAGCUGAGGGAGCUUCACCUAGAGCACAACCAGCUGACAAAGAUUAAUUUUGCUCACUUCCUCCGGCUGAGCAGCCUGCACACACUCUUCUUGCAGUGGAACAAAAUCAGCAACUUGACAUGUGGGAUGGAGUGGACCUGGGGCACCUUAGCAAAGCUCGAUUUGACUGGGAACGAAAUCAAAGCCAUCGACCUCACCGUCUUUGAAACUAUGCCUAACCUUAAAACCCUUCUCAUGGAUAACAACAAGCUCACCACUCUGGAUUCCAAGAUCCUAAGUUCGCUGACAUCCCUCACCACCGUGGGCCUCUCUGGCAAUCUGUGGGAAUGCAGCCCAAAGAUCUGCUCCUUGGCCACAUGGUUGAGUGGCUUCCAAGGUCGGUGGGAGCACUCCAUCCUCUGCCAUAGCCCCGACCACACCCAGGGAGAGGAUAUUCUGGAUGCAGUGUAUGGUUUUCAGCUUUGCUGGAAUUUAUCGACUGUGGUUACACCCGUGGCUACGACGUACACGGCCCCGACUACUGAGUACACGAAAAGAAUCAGCUCUUCUCAUUUCCAUAUGGGAGACAAAGAGAUUCCAACUACGGCAGGCAUGGUCGUUACCACCGAAGAACAUUUCCCCGAGCCAAACAAUGCCAUCUUCACUCAGAGGGUAAUUACAGGAACAAUGGCUUUAUUGUUUUCUUUCUUUUUUAUCAUUUUUAUAGUGUUCAUCUCCAGGAAGUGCUGCCCUCCUACACUAAGAAGAAUUAGGCAGUGCUCAAUGAUUCAAAACCACAGGCAGCUCCGAUCCCAAACACGGCUGCAUAUGGCCAAUAUAUCAGACCAAGGACCCUAUAACGAGUACGAACCCACCCACGAAGGACCCUUCAUCAUCAUCAAUGGCUAUGGACAGUGCAAGUGCCAGCAGCUGCCCUAUAAAGAAUGUGAAGUAUAAUACCUACAGCCCAUCGCAAAGUAAAUCAGAUAAGUAACCUAUUUUAAAAUUGUAGGGGACCUACAUCAGAUUCUAAUUUUUACAAAUGUUGACAUAAAGCCUAAUUUUCCAAGCUACUUAAUGGAAACAUUGUUUAUGGAGUGGUGCAGUAUUUUUAAGUUUUUUAAAAAAUAAAUCCAUAAUAUUUUCAGUGUUAAAGAAGCAAUGAUUACAUUAAACUUGCACUCCUAACGUUUAAAAGUCUAAAGAGAUGCUCACCUCAAACUAUGUAAAAUGUUUCAUGUUAUGUAAUUAUAUGACUGCGUGUAAACAUUUAUACCCAAGUCUCCAUAUUCUACUUUUUCUAAUGAAAAGAGUCCGAGGGGAAGGACACUGUACAGGGAUCUGAGGGGGACGUACACUCCAUUUGUUCCACUGCAUCUGGAGGAUCCCAAACGCUGCAGCUGGCUCGGGGCACUUUAAAGGCAGCUGAGGAGGAAGAUUUAUUUUCCUUCUCUGAUAAUUUCACUCCAGUAAGAGAUGGCAGGGGAAACGGGGGAAAAAAAAGCAGCAAAGGUCCAGGUGGGAAUUUCAGUGCACUGGGCAUCGGUGAAUUUGUUUUAAAUACAGUUUUGCUCUCUGCAUAUUCAUAGUUUGGCUCGGUGAAAGGGACAGCAGGCACAGAAAGGAGCAGUUCACAUGAGCACACACACAUGGGCAGGGUGGGCACACACAUGAACAGGACGACCCUCCAGGUGUUCCCAAAAUGGCCACGUAGCUUCUUUAGGGAGGCUCAGCACGACGGGAUCGAUUCUAAAUAUUAAGUACAUUCAAUACUUCUCAGCUCCCUGGUUUGACUUGAUGAUGCUUUUCAUGAAUUCAGGCUAAUUACUUAAUGACUGUGAACAAACAGCAUUUCGACACCUUUUCAUGUGUAAAUACCCUUAAUACAAGGUUUUCUUAAUUAAAAGUAAAUACCAAUGAUGAGGUUAAGAAGAAGAGGGAAGGAAGAAAGGAAGGAAGGAAGAAGCCUCUCUUUGUCCCCCCGCUGCCCCCCCAGCCGAGGCUUCCUCUCGACUGGAAGCUAUUUUCAUGCACUAACUCCACUGGUUUCUGUGGAGACAGAAUCAGCCCCUGUAAUAUAAGCUCUCACUUGUCCUCCUCUUCCAAAAUUCAAGAUUAAAAAAAAACCCUUCUGACAAGUUAGGAUAAUAUAAUUAGAUUAUAGAAUAGUUCACUGAAAAAUGUUUCGUUUCUUACUUGAUAUGGGACAGACUCUAAACUAGUAUGACUUUUUAAAAGAUCGUAUAUAAAUCUAUAUACACACACGCACCUCAUUCUAAGGAGUAAUUUGGUUUCUUUAGCCAGAAGUACCAUAUUGCUAUUUAUACUCUAUUAUGAAAUUAUAUGUAAAUAUUUGCAGAUCUAUGCAGUGAUGGUGGUACUCAGAUGCCACAAGGGUGGGGGGUGGGGGGUCUGCAAAGGAUUACAUUAUUUUUAAGUCAACUACUCAAUUAUUGUAAACAUUCUAACCAAAGCUAAAAGGUCCAGAGGGAUGGAGAAUUAUUUUAUAUAUAUAUACAUGUAUGUAUAACUAAAAAAUGUGUUGUGUCCAAUGCUGCAGUGUUAAACAAUUCCCAGCACAUCCCGAUGAAGAAACAAAAUUCCUCACAGUGUUGCCAUACCUUGAGCAAAUCCAUAAUUACAGUAUGCUAAUUGUGAUGUACUAAACUAUCCUGCAAACUUUUUAAACAGAAAAAGCACUGCAUAAAAAUCUGUUGGCUAUUUCACUCUGCUUUUCUCUAUCUGUAUUACCACUUGGUGAGGUAUUUAGGGUGCAAUUAUACAACACUUCAAUGUUUUCUUGUGAGAUGAAUUUGUCCAAGGCAAUUAUAGGAAGACAAGUGACUUCUGUUAAGAUUUUACAUAAAGGUUUUUCAAUUACUGCGUUUGAAUAUAUUAAUUUGCAUAAUUUUACUUUUACAUACAGUGCCCUUAUAAAACCAGUAUUUUGUUUACUUCCCAUGACCCUGUAUUUUAAUGGAAGAGAUCCAGUGAAGCCUAAUGGUUUUCCACAGAGAUACCUUUGAACCCUUGUAACUGUUAAUACUACAAUGAGUCCAUUUACACCUAUUCCAGGUAAUUAAUUUCUGCUUUUAACUGACUACAAAAAAGUCCUGCGGGGUAGGUGGACAAAGAGCAAAUGUUCUGUAUGAUUAAAUCCCACGUCAGGCAGCAGGCCAGACCUAAACUGAGAAAUGCAAACCCAUAUAGGUAUCCAGGGGGUUUUAGCUGCUUGUAGAAAGACCUGCUUCAUUCCUUCCCACAAGUAGGUGCUCACAGCUCUUCCCUGAGGUCCAGGCUGCUGCUCUGCUCGGGCAUUGCUGCCAGCAGGGACCUGCCCUGCCUGUGCACCUCCCUCACCUCACCCAGCCAUCACGAGGGGCUGCACUGGGGGAUUGGGAAGCAGCCACAGUGGGAAUGACUUCCACGUACAGCUGCAGGGUACCAGCAGAGACAAAGUUAUCACUGAGCUCGUUAAUUAUCCUGGCAGCCAGAUAAUCUGGCUACGCUGUCAUUCCCCAUCAGAUGUCAACACUGAACUCUGAUGGCCCCAGCUGCACCUGCAAGAAGGAGUUCCAGCUCUGCCCUCCAGCCCAGCAGAAACCCUUGCUGUAGGACAGCUCAAAGGGUGCCAUGUCGGUCUUCCACAUGGGAACAAGAAGCGGCUGCUUCAUGAAGAGCCGAGGUUUCUCCCAAGAAGGUGCUUUCCCAACAACCCAGCUCUGAGCAGAAACCACUCCAUCUUCAUUAGCUUUUAAUUAUGCCCAAGCAGAGCAAAGACAGAUGUUCCAGCAAUGCUGGAUUGAACCCUCUUCUCCAUCCCAGCCACUCGCACUGGCUUUCCAGGCAUUAAAGUGCUGUUCCAGUGCCUCUCCAAGCAAACCCACCCAGGCACCCAACCUCUCUCCCCCACCAUCAUCCCCAGUUUCCAGUGGUCCUGCAGUGCUUGGCUCCCAGACAGCUGAGCAGGAGGCAGCAGCAGAGCCCAGCAGGCACCGUUCCCUCACGGUGACUCCCUGUACUCCACACUAAUACGCAGCCAAUCUCCCAAAUGCCGUGGUUUAUGGCUGCCACUUCCAAAAUCAUUUGUUGCCAGGUUCCAGGCAUAAGCAAAGCAAUUCUGCAAACAUUACAUUUAGGGUAACAGGUAUCAUAAAACUCGCAGAAUGUCAAACACUAGCAGUGAAGUCGACUUGGAUUCCCUGCGGAGGGGCAGGGAAUGGCAGGCAGAGCCAUCGCUCUGCACAAGGACACAGCCACAGGCUGUUAAUAUUUCUUAUUUUAAAGUUACUGUCUUCCACUUGCAAUUGCUUGUGACUCUUCCAGGCAAGGAGGGGAUUGUAAUAAUUGUGCUACUCGGCAGUCUCUGAUUUAUUUUGUUUGUGGAACAAGAACCACGAUGAUUUGGUUUAAAUUAAUCGUAUUUCAAUACGAGCGCUGGCUGAUGACAAGAGCUUGUUAACGUGCUCUCUCCAAAUACCAUCUCUGUUGCACAGCCUCAGUUUCUACAGAUGCUAAAUGGCAUUACAGGUGCUUCAUUCAACACCUCUGGGCACAGCCUCAGGUGUUCAGGGCCUUUUAGAAAGGGAAUUUCUUGUACUGCUCUUAAGGUCCUCGUCCCACCCAAAGAUCUCCAGGCUUGCUGAUCUCCAGCCAGCUUCUCCUGCUCCCCACCCUUGUGUCAGUGAAAGGCAAACCCAGCAGCACAGGUUCAGUUUUUGAGUCAUCAUCCUGGAACAGGGCUGAAUUAAUGCUCUCAGUUAGUCGCUCUGCAUUAGAUCAGUGUUUAAAUGCACACAGCUAAAAAUUACUCGAUGAAGGGUAAAAUGGGUUAGCGUUUAGUCUCCAGCUGAAGUGUUCCUCUGCACUGAGCUCCAAUUCCCUAUCAGAUGGAAACGUAAUGAAUGCUGCUCUAUCAAUGUUUGGUUUUGUUUGCUUCUCCCCCAAGCAGAAAUGAUCCGAUUCCUCAGCGAUCAGCCGCAUGUAAAUCUGAGCAUCUGAGCUUCUGUCCCAUUACAUCCCUCAGGAGACAGUGGCCUAUUGCUAACAUGUAAAAUCAGAAACAUCCAGUGGCUUUAAACCAGAAAUCUGCACUGCACACUUAUUUUUAAUGUGUCUAAGGUAAUUUCUGUACUACUUUAAUGGAAAUAAAGUUGAUUUAAUUUUGUGAUCUGUGUAGCUAUCAAAAUCCAUCUGUUCAGACCUAUGAAAUUUACCCAGAAGCUGAAUUUCAUCUUUCUUAUGAAGUUUUCCAUAAAAAUUUAACAAGUUCAAAGGGAGAUACAGUAUUUCUUCUCCCCCCCAAAAAGGAAGAGACAAGGAAACAACAAAAGUCAAAAGUAGCAGCUCCUCCCUCCCCACACCUUCUUUCAUUGCAAAAUGUCCCAGAUGCUAAAAUUAGUGCUGGGCUCUGCUUUUUAAGGUGCCACAUUAGCAGGAUGCUUAAAGAUUAUUUCAGAGUCAGCUGGAAAUUUAGCAUUUCACAUCUCAUAUACCUUUAGAGAGGCUUCUAGGGAAAGGUAACAGAAGCUUUGAGGGGUAUAAUAAAGCCUUAGAUGGGGUAAAACACCAUGCAGGUUGUACACCUCUGUGUAAGCACUGAGAAGCUACGCCUGCCAUCCUCCAACUACUCCUUUGUAAAAAGUCAAACAAAACCCAUCCCAUUUUUCUUUUACUAAUGAAAACACUAGUAAGUGAACUAUUCUACCAGCUUAGCAACCUGAGAUUACAGAGAGUCCUAGAUGAGUCGUGUUUAAAUUACGUUUCAAGAGCCAACUUCUGGUGGGAGGGGGUGUGAGUAAUGGAGUAAAACAAGUGCAGUGUACAGAAGCAUUUUGUUAUUAAAAUUGUGUAUACUGUAAAACCGAA